GCGAGAAGCGGAUAUAGAUACCUAUCCCAACCCCUUCCUUGUUCAUCCAGUCUAAAUAAUUCGCUUUUCCCUGGAAAGGUCUUCUUCUCGUGCUCCCCCGUGCUAGGGUUUGCGGCGGACCCCAAGGGUUUUCACGGAAACGAGCGAGAUCUCGAGUGGGAAUUUGUUGUAGACGGUGAAUAUCAAGCCUUUGGCAACAAUGGCUGGACGGAGAAACAAUAAUGGGAAAAGAUCUUAUUCACAGUCUGACUACUCCGACAAUGGAGGAAGCAAGAGAAGAAAUCCUGGUGAAGAAAGAGACACCUAUGCUCCUGGGCCUGAAGAUACUGUUUUUCGUUAUUUAUGUCCUGGAAGGAAGAUAGGAAGUAUCAUUGGGAGGGGUGGAGAGAUUGUGAAGCAAUUAAGAUCUGACACGCAAGCAAAGAUCAGAAUUGGGGAGACUAUACCUGGUUGUGAGGAGCGGGUCAUAACCAUUUUUAGCACAAGGAGAGAAACCAAUACACUUGAAGAUGUUGGUGAUAUAGUUUGUCCUGCACAAGAUGCUCUCUUUAAGGUGCAUGAGCGGCUAGUUACUGAUGAGGCAGUUGACGAGGACAUUGAUGGAGACAACCCUCAAGUAACUGUUCGUCUGCUUGUGCCAUCUGAUCAGAUUGGAUGUAUUAUUGGGAAAGGAGGACAAAUCAUUCAAGGUAUUCGUAGUGACACUGGUGCACAAGUACGCAUUCUUAAGAAUGAGCACCUCCCUGCUUGUGCUAUUAGCAGUGAUGAGCUACUCCAGAUCGGUGGGGAAGCAUCAGUUGUAAAGAAGGCUCUUCUUCAAGUUUCAUCACGCCUUCAUGAUAAUCCAUCUCGUUCCCAGCACCUGCUUUCUUCUGGCACACCUCAAAUGUUACCAGUUGGUGGUCAGUUUGGGGUUCCAGGCACCACUGCACCAGUCAUUGGCAUUGGUCAACUGAUAAGUUCUUAUGGUGGUUACAAGGGAGAUGCAACAGUGGAUUGGCCAUCCUUUUACCCAACUCCAAGAGAUGAAACUGCUGGAAAAGAGUUCAGCUUGCGUCUUCUUUGCCCUUCUGCAAACAUAGGAGGUGUGAUAGGCAAGGGUGGUGUUAUUAUUAAGCAGAUUAGGCAGGAAUCUGGGGCAUCUGUCAAAGUAGAUAGUUCAUCUGUGGAAGAUGACUGCAUAAUCACAAUUACUGCAAAAGAGUUCUUCGAGGACCCAAUCUCUUCAACGAUAGAUGCAGCAGUACGCUUGCAGCCCCGGUGUAGUGAAAAAACUGAAAGAGAAUCUGGUGAACCUUCUUACACCACCCGCCUUCUUGUUUCCACAUCACGGAUUGGUUGUCUAAUUGGUAAAGGAGGAUCAAUUAUUUCUGAGAUGAGGAGGUCGACACAAGCAAAUAUUCGUAUACUCUCAAAAGAAAAUGUACCCAAAGUUGCUUCUGAAGAUGAUGAGAUGGUUCAGAUUAGUGGAGACAUUGACACUGCAAGAAAUGCACUCGUACAAGUGACAACACGUCUGAAAGCCAAUUUUUUUGAAAGAGAGAAUGCACUAUCUUCAGUUCCUGCUUCUAUUCCAUAUCAUCCUUUGCCAAAUGAUGCUUCUGAGGGGUCAAGAUACGGGAGCAGGGAUGCUAAGGCACAUGGACGCGGGUUUUCUUACUCUGGUGGAUAUGGUUCUUCUAGUGAUUUGGUAACCUCUGAUACUUAUGGAAGUUAUGGUGGUUCUCAGGGUGGUGGUAGCAGCUAUGGAGCUUAUGGUGGAUACUCUUCUCGACAUGGAAGUUCUGGGUUAUCUGGUCAAAACACAGUUUCUCACGGGAAACAUCGUGGUUAUUAGAAUCCCCAGUGACUAGGGCAAACAGUUGUCUGAGAAGCCUGGAGCCAGCCUAUACGAAGCCUCAAGCCUAAACCAGAAGAACAGAUGAACAGAGCCUGAGAUAGUAAUGCCCACAUACAAUGAUGAUACCAUUUAGUUUCCUCCACGCCCUUCGCUUUAUACCAGGCCAUAUUUGCAUAACCAUGGGCCCAGCUUAAAGCCCCACCUUCUCUCGAACAAUGUUUUAAGGAUUAUAACUGUUUGUACUUUGAACCUCAAGCUCUUCCUCAAAUUGUGAAUGUGGAGUCAUUUGCCUAUAUUAUGGAUGUUAUCUUUGAAAUGAAACCCUGUCGUGGAAGGUGCUUAUCAUGCUUGAUCAAUCUCCUUUUCUUUUUCACUUUCUACUACUCCAUUGCUGUUGCAGCCUUUGUGUUUUUUUUCUUCCUCCUGCUGAUCUUUUCUGGACAUGAUGUGAUUGAUAAACUUAAAAUUUACCUCUUUUUUUUUUUUUCGUAUUGUUGGGUAUUCGUCCUUUUGCAAUCAUAGGUGGAGGCCCUGUAUCCAAUUGGUCGACCUUUGGAGCUAUCCCCCUUUGUAAAAACUUGGAAUGAGGAUUUGUUGGAAACCAAUCUUGGAUAAUGGCCAUAUCCUAGCAAGGAAUGGCUUUCACUGGAUUGCACUUUAAAAUACUUUGUUUCAAAUCAACUUGGAGUAUUUUAGCUCAUCUAUGUUGUUAGGUGGAUAGAAUGUUUUUUUAAUAUAUUUGCUGAUCAAUCUCUACUGAAAGUUGUGCCACCUGAUGAUUUUGCUGAGAUUUAGUUUGUUAAGGUUGCUAUCCUGUUCUAUGAGAAUCUAAUGAGGUUUGCAUUAGAAUGCUCUAAACGCAAUUACAAGUUCUGCAGGUUUUCUGAGGUGUAUAGCUUUUAUAGCUUUACAUGGCUUCUAAGUUUUGCAGUCAACUGCCAUGGCCACUUCAUGACAUUGUCAUGUGGAGCCUAAUAUGCUUCUCAUUUAAUUCUGUCAUUUAUGAAUUACUAACUUUCACAAUGAGAGGUGCUACAUGUCAAAGAAAUGCGAGAAGUAUAAAGGUAUCAUCUCCACCUUUGUCCUGUGACAUUAUUAUACUUCAGUAUCUGGUGGUGCAGUUGGUUGCCUGGAUCCCCUCUUGAAGGUAAACUUAGAUCUUAUGUUGUAUUUUUCUGAUUAAACUAUUAUCCUCUCUCCUUUUUUUAAUCGAUAGUCAAGGUACAGGUAGACCGACAAACUUAUCGAGACACCAUUAGUGCCAAUAGAAUUCUUUGUAAUGGCAAUUACAAGAUUAUGUACCAGUACAUAUGUACUUGAUGUUAAAGUCAGUAAUCUUUACUAUCUUCUUGCUGU